GCGACUGACAACCGGUGGUGAACUGGAAACCAACGUGACUCUGUAGCAGUACACGUUCCUGUGUUUAUUUAAUAUUUACGUGACAGACUGAACAUUUUGUCGAGAGUAAAGUUUGUAUUUUAAUCCAACAUGACGUCAAUGCCGCAGAAGCGAUACUACAGACAGCGAGCGCAUUCAAACCCGAUGGCUCACCACACGUUUGACUAUCCUUUGUGUCCGGAGGACAUGGACUGGUCCGAGCUGUAUCCAGACUUCUUCACUGGAGACCUGUGUGAGAAAGAGACCCCGCGAGUAGAGUUUGCAGACAUUGGAUGUGGAUACGGGGGGCUUUUAGUGGCGUUAUCUCCACUUUUCCCAGACAAGCUUAUGCUGGGCAUGGAGAUCCGGGUCAAAGUGUCGGAUUACGUCCAGGAUCGUAUCCAAUCAUUGCGUGCCUCUGAACCUGGAAGCUACCAGAACAUCGCCUGCAUUCGUAGUAAUGCAAUGAAGUACCUCCCCAACUUCUUCUGUAAAGGACAGCUCAGUAAGAUGUUCUUCCUCUUCCCUGACCCGCACUUUAAGAAGACCAAGCACAAAUGGAGGAUCAUUAGUCCCACGUUGCUGGCAGAGUAUGCCUACACACUGAGAGUCGGGGGUUUGGUGUAUACCAUCACAGAUGUGGAGGAAGUCCACCUCUGGAUGGUGAAGCACUUCACUGAACAUCCACUGUUUACACGUGUCCCUGAUGAAGAACUGGUUGGCGACGUCAUCAUAACUCGUUUGGGUACGUGUACAGAAGAAGGAAAGAAAGUGCAGAGAAACGGAGGGAAGAAUUUCCUCGCAGUUUUCCGGAGGAUUGAGGAUUCAAACUAAGACCAAACAGUUUGGACGUGCAGGAAGCUGGAAUAAUGGUCUUACGCAGUCAUUCAGACACAGACUGCAUGGGUGAUACUGCUCUGUGGAGAGGCUGUGGUUUGUUCCCCAGGCAGAUGAACAGUGGUGUUUUUUAUUUUAUUUUCUGGAAUAUGUGAACAAACAUUUACAUCAUUUCCUGACGGAGGAUUUGUUUGAGUUUUUUUUUUUUUUUCACACAAUGUACAUAUUUCAUUCCUCAGCUCACAAAAGACAGCACAAGGCACAAGGCAAGUAAAUCAUAAAUGGAUCUCUUCAGACUAGACUUGCAAGCUCUUUUGUCAAGGUUUUUUUUAAUUAUUGCCUCUUUUUAAAAAAAAUAUUUUCUUCCAUUUGUUUUGCCAGAAUUAUCGGUGCUGUUUUGGAUUUGCUGUAAAUUCCUGCAGUUAAACUGUAAUUCUUUCAGUAAAACAACUUUACUGUUCAUUUACACACUUUGUAAAUGAACUGAAACAACUAUAUAUUGUAAUUUUGUGUUGCAGUUAUUUUGGGACCUUUAUCACAAAACUGGACGACGAAGUUCGCUAUUAAAAUAAACCCCAGAUUAGUUGCUUUUAACUUCAGUCGAUGUCCUAGAUUUGAAGAGGAGUUUAGGUUUUACUGAGCACAGAUAUCCAGCUAUCUUUUGUAAUCCUGCCUCAAGAGACAGAGCCUUGGUUUUUCCUAUUAAUUUGAAAGCAAUUUGAAAUGACUCAUUGUGAUUAUAUGAACUUCCUGGUAUUAAUUCACAGUAUUGGCGACUGAAUCUGAAUUGGAUUACUGAGUUGCUUGUUUGCUUUGGGUCAUUAUAUGGUGUAAAAAUAAACCAGUCUGCUGCGGCACGUCCUAUAUGAAUUGAAUGCAGCACACGGUGUUCAAAUUCAAAGGAAUGACUGUGAAAUAGUCAAGUUUUUAGAUGAUAGACGAUCAUUUAAUUACAGCUUUUAUACUUAAAGACACUUGGAGAUUACUUAAUUGUUCUUUCGAAAUAUAGUUUAAAUUUAAUUCAAUUAUCACUUAUUAUCUGUCUGGUAUUAUCUUCUAGACGUGUCUGGUAUGGAUCAAAAGAGUUUGUAACAGAAACUGUGGCUUUCUCUGCUCAUUUCAUGAUUUUAGCUGUAUAUUACACAUUGGUAGUUUUGUCUGUCAGGAGUUUAGAAACGGGACAGUGCAGGUUUGAAGCUCUUUUGCUGCUGCAGGGGGUGGUGAUUAAGAACAGGACAGCACAUGCCUUAAUGAUAGAAACCCAGACACUGGAAAACUUUAUAUGAUUGCAGAAAGUAAUUGGAGGACUCAAACUAAAAAUCAUAUUAAUAAUAUUAAAGAACACUUCACUUUUGUGCUCUUUACUAAGGUUACAGUAAAAUUUGUUUUCUGAAACUUUCCAAAUCAUACAACAGUAUACCAAAUCACAGUUUGUGCUUUUUGUCCUUUUCAUAAUAACAGCUUUCCAAUCAAUUUCUUUUGCACAACUCCUAAGUGAUAUAAAAAUAUAGAUUACCUCCAGUAUUGAGAGAAGAAUUGUCCUGAAACAGCAUCUGUGUCUGUGCAGUAUGAAGACAGUAUGUUUAAUUUUCUCAUCUCUCAAUAGCCUUAGGUCUACAACACAAUAUGUGCUUAUUUCCCAUGAGCAUGUUCGCCUAAGUUCAUCUGUGAACACAUGAUGAACAUAAAUGUAAAAUACACACGUACAGCAGUAUUUGCUCAGACCCAUAAUGAAAAUAGUUGAAACUCUUGAAAGUGAAGCAUUCUUCCUCUGUACUCAUCUGUUAUUUAUUGGAUAGCUAUAAAAUAAUUAGUUAAGCCAUGAGGGGAGAAAAUAAUUGCUCAAUUAACAUUUUUAUUAUAAGGAUAUGGAGAUGAGUGUGUCAUGUACAGCAUUAAUCAUUAAAUAAUAAAUGGUUUGACUGACAGAAACAAAGCAGGCAUAAAUAGCUGCUAUCUAGCAGUGAUGUUCACAUUCAAAACCUUUCCCAAAACAACAACACAUAACACGAUAAUGUUUUCACAUCACCUAUGUUAUAUUUUAUUGUAGAUAGAUGGGUUGUAAUCGUUACAAUACCAUGUUCAUCAUAUCACAAAAACAGAAAUAAUCUCUUGACUCUGUGGCCAAAAGAAAAGAAAACUUGACCCAAUGUCCAUUUACUCUGUGUUUCUGGAGCUUUUAGCCACAUCUCAUGGCUCUCCAUAACAAGCGAGCAGCUACAUGUGCUGAGGAGGCCCACCAGAUGUGACUGAAAGCUUUAGAAAUUCCAAGUAAGUUUACCUUGUGUUAAGUUUUUACCAGACUGUUCUUCUGAAGGUUUAUUUCCUCAAGUCUAUGUAUUCUUCGGUAAAUACAGGAAGUAUUCACAGAAUCUUUUAUGGUGUGAAAGCGUUAACCAGUCUAGUGUAGUGAGCCGCUGUUCUGUUAUCACUUAUGAUUGCCAUGUGGUAACAAAGCCUGUUGAGUCAGCCCAUGUAACAUUUUAGUACCAUCAGGUCAUCGAAUAAGAGUUUAAUUAAAUGCACUGCAGGGGAAACACAGAGAGAGAAACUUAAUGAUUAGCAUUUGGCAAAACUAGUAAAGCAAUGUAGAUGAUGCAUUUGCCUCAUACCCAAAGAAUUUGUUGCACCUGAACGUCAGAAUGUUAUCGAGGUCAAAGGUUAAUGCCCCUCUGAACGUGUUUACAGAGGCAGCCAUCCACCACUGUUCCAACCAUUUUAUACUGUGAUGUGUUUAAACGUAAGUCACUAAUUUCAUUGUCACCUUCCUUCUCUUUUGCAAAUGAUUUGGCUUCAAGCUGCUCUCACUCCUGCCACGUUAAAGCAGUACAGUUUGAUAUUGUGAGAAAUACGCUUAUUUACUUUCUUGGUGAGAAUUAGAUGAGAAGAUUAAUAUGAAAAAGAUUUACCACCAUUACCUGUGUGAUAAAAGUUACAGCCAUGAGCAGGUUAGCUUGGCUUAGCUUAUCUUAGCUAAGUAUAACUUAGUGCAGACUGGAAACAUGAGGAAUCGGGUAGCUAGCUAGGUAACACAAUCCUCCUACCAGCAGCCGGUAUGGUGAAGUUAUGUGCUGGACAAUUUCUUGCACUGGAGCAGGAACUUCCUGAAAUAACCUACAACAUAAAAUCACAAUUUGUUUCUACACAGUGGAUUUUGUACACAUUAAACAAACAAGAUUUAACACAUUUAUUGUUGAGCUUUAGGUGCUGGUAGGUGGAGUUGGAGCUGUUUCCUCCUGUUUUCAGUCCUAAUACUAAGCUAAGCUACCUGACUGUUUGCUUUAUACUUAUAGUCUAACAGAUCAGUGCUCUCAUAUAACUUUCAACUAUCUGUAAUUCCUCAGUUUUCAUCCUCCUAGACUUUGUAUAAAGCCGUUGAUGCUGUUAACCACCAGACUCCAGCACAAGUCAAGAAUACUAUCUCUAACAUUUUCUACUUUUCCAAGCCACUGGCACCUGACUACAUUUUCUUUUCCUCCCUGAUACUGAGAUUGAGGUGUGUACAAUAUCUCUGCUUCCUAGUUGAGGUCUCCAGCUGGAUGUUUGCCCGCCACCUCAAGAUCAGCCUAAACCAGACUGAGCUGUUGUACUUCCACAGAAAAGCUUGCCUUGUUCGUUCCCACAGCAUUAACAACCCCGGUGAGAUUCUACACAACCACAUCAGAGCGACUCUGCCACCCUGCAGGCUUGAAUUCAGCAUCAAAUCCUUUCUUACUUGGGCUUUUCAGGUCUGGACUAAUGAGAAACCACUCCUGGCCUGAGGUUCCAACCUCAUUUUUUCAGUCCCUUCAACCCAACAAAGAACUGUUCACUUUGUAUUAAUCUUCUCCCAAUUGUCCUUGGUUCACCCCAUACUGCUUGUGACUUCUAAGGAGAAAAAAUGAUGAUCACUGAACUUCAGACAGCAGCCUGUACCCCUUUCCUGCUAUGACUUUAUCAUUUUUUCUUUACCUAAAAUCUCCCCUCGGGCAAGAAUAACUUCUCUGCUUAAGUGACAGCUGAAGAAUCAUUCCCUGUCAUCCUGUCAUUUGUUGCAGUCUCAUCUCUUCAAGAAACAUUCAUGUCAUAUUUCAGUUUUCUCCUCCCACUUUUUAUGCUGGACUUUAUUUAAAAAAAAACAUACUUUGUUUUCCUUAUAUUUGCCUUGCACCUUAUUUUUCAUGGGAUAAUUUAAGGUUACAGAAAUUACAUGUAACAUCCGGCAUCAGGGUCUUACUAUCUUUUCUGCUGAUAUGUUAUUACAAUGUUGAUGAUGGGUUUAAAACUUGCUCCACAAAAGAACAUUUAAUUGGACACUGGAAAAAAUAAUGUGUCUUGUAAAAUAGAAAUGUAGUAGAUAUUAGUUUUAUAAAUGGAAACAGAAGCCUUGACACAGUCACUUCAGGCUUUGGUUCUACCCUGGUGUUCAUUGCUUUGUCCCCUUUCAUUUCAAACAAACUUUUUUCAGGGGUAAAAUCAAUCACUUUUAUGUAAGAAAGUCCAAAGGCACAGGUAUCUCUUUCAUUCAGGCUUCAUGCUGCACAGUAUCUUGGUACUAGUUUCCAUUACAUUUAAUGGAGCAAACUCUUCGAAAACCUUGACAUCAAAAUAAAUAAAAAAAUCUUUAAGUCAGAAGAGUAAACCAACCCUCUGAGAAAGAGUCAAAUUAAGGCAAUUUCCGUCACAAGAGUCGUACCCACUAUUGAAACAAUACAGUUCUCUUUAUUGCAAGUCCGGUUUAUGUCAUAUGUAUACGAUGAAUAGUAGGAAAUGUGAUCUGUUCAAACUUUUCAAAGUAAACUUUGCUGCUGAUGGACGCCAGUAAUUAACUUGAAGUGGAGAGCAGCUACAGCCCUCUGUAACAGUUUACACCUGCAUCUCAUGACAUCAUGACUGCUUCAUUAUUUAAGUCAGUUUGCAUCAGGUCACCAUAAUGACUGCCUGCUGAAGAUAACCUGCUGCAUGCUGGCUAUAGGUUAGGGUGAAUCUGUACUUUGUCCGUUGUAUAACAAAGUGAGUUUGUAGCUCUGUUUGUCUUCGGAGCGACAAACAGAGUGACUCUGGAUCUGUCUUUCAUUUGACCUUUUAAAAAAAUUUCUUCUCCACUUUGUUUUUGGCAUGGGGGUUUAUGAUGCCCAUCGGUUCAUCUGCCUGUCAACACUUUUUCCGAAACUAAUGGCCACAUUUCAAUGAAAAUUCUCCUUGUAUGUUAAGUACUAUAUAAAACAUGCUAUAUAAAAGCUAAGACUCCACAGUAAAAACAAGCCUCAGAGGAAAGCAAAUCCAGAGAUACUUUAAAGUGGGAAGAAUAAUUAAAACCAUAGAGAUGAAGAAUGUAUCAAUCAACUAGUAGUAUAUGUCCUGGCAGGAGAACGAUCAGCAAGAUGUAGACAAGGCAUGUAGUCAGAGUGUCACUGUACAAUACAUCUGGCCGGGAAGAAUGUGGAGGACAGCAGCUUAAAAACCAUUUUUGCUUAUGUACAGCUUCAUCCAACAGAUGUGAUUUGAUGUUAUUGAUGUAACUACUACAAAAGGAUGAUUCACACUCACUCUUUCGUUGGUUUUCCUGCGCAGACUCCCAGGCGGAGCGUAUAUUAUAGAUUUUAGUGAAAAAUCAUUGCAGAGAAUUUCCUGUGUCAUUACAUACAGUAGGUGUGUCACAUACGGCUCAGGAACAAAGAAAGUCUUUAAUCAAUCACAUGUUUUGCCAUCACUAAGGUGGAGAGGGCACAUCUGGUGUCCAGAUGUGUUCUUAAUUUAACAGAUGUCCUUCACCACACUUUAAACACACAUUCAUUCAUGACAUGAAGAUAUUUUUUUUAAACUGCACAGCCUUUAUCAAUUACCGCAUAUAUGUCAAUAAAAAUCAUUAUUCAGUAAUUUCA